AUUGGCGAGAACACCUGUCAAUCACCGCCACCAUCAGCUUUCAUUGGCUGUGAGCGACGUCAGUCAGCGCAGAUCACACGGCCCCACCCACCGCGGGGGCGCUCGGCGCUCUGAUUGGCUGGCGUGGACAAAGACGGGGGGAGCGGCUGUCAAUCACUGGCGGGCGCCGGGGCGUGGCCAUGGGCGUGGCCAGAGGCGGAACUCUCCUGUCGCGGAACUCCCGCGCUCGGGGCCGCGUUUCCCGCCGCUCCCCCGGAGGGGUCCCCGUUCGCCACGGGACCGCGAAGGCGGGAGGCCGGAAGUGGCGGGGCCGCCAUGGCGGCGCCCGGAGCGCCCGGGCCGGGCCCGGCACCCACCCCCGCCACGGUGCUGAUGGCGGCCCGAGCCGAGCUGGCCGCGCCCUGCCGCCUCCUGCCCGCCGCCGGCGCCGCGCUCCGCCUGCAGCUCAGCGUGGAACCGGCAGCCGACGGCCGGCGCCGCUUCCGCCUGAGCCUGCGGCUGCCGGAGGCGGGGGGAGGCGCGCCCCUGGCCGAGUUUGACCUGCGGGACAUCUCCUACCGCGUGCGCGGCCCCACGAGCCACGAGCUGGAGCUGCCACCGGCCACGGGGACAUCGGGGACAGCAGGGACAUUGGGGACAUCGGGGACAGCGGGGACAGCAGGGACAGCGGGGACAGCGGGGACGGUGGCGCUGCGGUUCCCCGAGGAGCGCGAGGCUCAGCAGUGGUGGACGGUGCUGAGCAGCUCCCUCAGGGAGGCACGGAGAGAGGAGCUGGCCCUGCAGCUGGCCGAGGCCAUCGCGUUUGGGGACGAGGCGGUGGCGGCGCAGAGCGCGGUGGCGCUGGCCCGGCAGCACGCGGAGCUGAGCGUGCGCCCAAAGGAGAGCGGCGAGCCCGGGGCCGAGAUCAGCAUGCCAUAUCCCAUAUCCRGAUAA